AUCGAUAGACCUUUCCGAAAUUGAGGAAACGAAAACAACACCAAGCAAGAAUCCUUCGCCUGCUGCAUAUUACCUGUUUAUUUUCUUUGCGUUCCCGUUUUCGACGCAAGUAAACCAUUUUCCGCGAACCACAGACCCUGAAAAUCCAGCUAUCAUCCAUCCAGUUUGUACAAACCAUCGGCCAGUAGCUAUCGAAAGAAGAUCGCUCGUCACUAUAUAAGUAAAUUAAAUUUCACAAAAUUGCGUUGUACUUUGGCAGUUGAAAUUUGCCAAAAAACAGCAGCAAAAUAGUUCAAAGUGUUUGCAAAUAGGUGCACAAAGUCGAGGAAAUUAUUCCAGAAGUUGGCGGCAGUUUGUGCGUGAAGCAUUUUAUGCGCAAAAAUACAUCGCUUACAGUUUUUUGUCCGCAACACAGUUUUCGCAAUAACAACAACAACAACAGCACACACACGCACGCAGUGAAAAACGUGCUGUAGUUCGCAUUUCUUGUUGUUGCAUUAAUUUUGGAGCAAAAAUUAUAAGGAUGCCCAAGCGCGGCGGAGGCGGAGGCGGCGGCGGUGGCCAGCGGUACAAUAACAACGUGGGCAAUGGCGGCGGACGUUACGCCGCUCUCGAGGAUUUUGAUGAAGUGGAGGAUCGCCAGCGACGCAAGGAUCGCAACAAGCGACGCGUCAGCUUCAAGCCCUCCCAAUUUCCACAUAACAAAAAAGACAUCAAACUGAGACCCGAAGAUUUGCGUCGAUGGGACGAGGAUGAUGACAUGAGCGACAUGACCACGACCGUCAAGCAGGAUAGACCCACCUCCCGACGUCGGGGAUCGCCCAUUCCGCGCGGCAAGUUCGGCAAACUGAUGCCCAACAGCUUUGGCUGGUACCAAGUCACGUUACAAAACGCCCAGAUAUACGAAAAGGAAACACUGUUGCGUGCCCUUUUGGCGGCGAUGUCGCCACAUGUCUUCAUUCCGCAAUAUUGGCGGGCGGAGCGGAACUGCGUCAUCUUCUUCACGGACGAUUAUGAGGUGGCCGAACGCAUCCAACAUCUGGGCAGACAUGCCCAUCUGCCAGAUGGCUAUCGGCUAAUGCCACGCGUGCGCAGCGGCAUACCACUGGUGGCCAUCGAUGAUAACUUCAAGGAGAAGAUGAAGGUCACCAUGGCCAAGCGCUACAAUGUGCAAACCAAGGCGCUGGAUCUAUCCCGGUUUCAUACCGAUCCCGAUCUCAAGACGAUUUUCUGCCCACUCUUCCGGCAGAACGUGAUGAGCGCCGCCAUUGACAUUAUCUGCGACAAUAUACCCGACUUGGAGGCCAUUAACCUGAAUGACAACUCCAUGUCCAGCAUGGAGGCGUUUAAGGGCGUGGAGAAACGCAUACCGAACCUCAAGAUUCUCUAUUUGGGUGAUAACAAGAUACCAUCUUUGGCCCAUCUCGUUGUGUUUCGCAACCUAUCGAUCCUGGAACUCGUUUUAAAGAACAAUCCCUGCCGUUCCCGCUACAAGGAUACCCAGCACUUUAUCAGCGAAGUACGCCGCAAGUUCCCCAAACUGGUAAAGUUGGAUGGAGAGAUCCUGGCGCCGCAGGUCACAUUUGAUCUAUCCGAGCAGGGACGUCUUCUCGAAACGAAGGCCUCCUAUCUGUGCGACGUCGCUGGCGCCGAGGUGGUGCGCCAGUUCCUGGACCAGUACUUCCGCAUAUUUGACUCGGACAAUCGGCAAUCCCUGCUAGAUGCUUACCAUGAGAACGCGAUGCUCUCCAUAUCGAUGCCUUCGGCCAGUCAGGCGGGCAGGUUGAACAGCUUCUGGAAGUUCAAUCGCAAUCUGCGGCGCUUGGUAAACGGCGAAGAGAUUCGCACCCGGCACUUGAGGUACGGACGCCUGGCCUGUGUUUCCACAUUGGAUGAAUGGCCAAGGACGCAGCACGAGCGUCGCACCUUCACCGUCGAUCUGACCAUCUACAAUACUUCGAUGAUGGUGUUCACCGUGACGGGUUUGUUCAAGGAGCUGAACGGCGAGGCCAGCAAUCCCGCCUCCAUGCAAUUGUAUGACCUGCGCCACUUCGCCCGCACCUACGUGGUGGUGCCCCAGAAUACUGGCUUUUGUAUCCGCAACGAGACGAUCUUCAUCACAAACGCUUCCCAGGAGCAGGUGCGAGAGUUCAAGCGAUCGCAGCACCAGCCUGCUCCCGGUGCUAUGCCCACCACUUCCACUGCGGUGGCCAGUCCGCAAGCCGGGACAGCGGCGGGUCUGCAGGGUCGACUGAAUACGGUGGGCGUGGCGACUGGACCGGUGGCUAUACUACCAGGAGAUCCGCUGGCGGCCACCGCACCGGUAAACAGCGGCAGUGCCGCCAUAUCAGCAACAGCAGUGGCACCUGGCGCCCAGGAUGAGAACACCAAAAUGCAAAUGAUCCAAGCCAUGAGCGCGCAAAGCCAAAUGAAUGUGAUCUGGAGUCGCAAAUGCCUGGAGGAAACAAAUUGGGACUACAACCAUGCCGCCUUUGUGUUUGAGCAACUGUUCAAGGAAAACAAAAUACCGCCCGAGGCUUUUGUCAAGUAAAUCCCUGACGGUUGACCACAAGGAGUUGCUGCCGCUCCCGCUUCCGUUUCCGAAGGACAGAGCCAAGUGCCACAUACACAGAUUCGAAUGUGUCGUUUAUUUCUUUUCUUAUUGUAAUUACCUUUUAAAUUUUUUCCUAGACUCCCCUCUAUAUUAUAAUAAGCUGCGGAGUUGUGCGCACAUGCGAGCAGUAGCGAUGGUUAUCCCAGCACUGCUGACAAUGUGCCACAGCGGUCACAGUCCUUUGAUAGGUAUUUUUAACUCGCUUUAAGUUCCGCCCGCAGACCCGUUUACAUGGUUUACAUUUUGAGGCCAGGACGAGUCUGCGAACGGUUGCCCUUUAGAAUUUAGAGUUGUUUUAGAUUUCUAAGCAUACCCAAACACACACACACAACACGUGCACACCAUAAAAGUCUUAAUACAACAAUGUUGUCAAAUCGAAA